UUUUUUAGGGCAGUGGAUCCAUGUCGGAGGUUGGUUUUGAUGCAUUUGAGGGUUUUGAUUCGAGUUUUUGGCAUGGAAGAGGGAUUAUUUUGUUCGAGCUUUGGUUUGAUGCAUCUGGUUUGGGCUUAUAACGAUUUAGAACGAAGAUUUUCUUAUUAGAUCGUGGAUUUUUUGUCAUUUAGGUGUGAUUUAAAAGGCAUUGUCUUAUUAUUUUAUUUUUUUAGAUUUUCUUAUUAGAUCGUGGCUUUCGGUUUCUUAUAGUUUGGAUGGCUUCUUGUGGUACAAGCUGGGACAGCGCUUUUUACAGAGCUUUAUUUGCAUUUGUUCUCUUGGACCGUCAUGGGUCUAAUCUCUCCCUUUUUGUAUUCUAGGAUAUAUUUUGUUUUCUGCUGAUUAUGUAUUCGAAGUUGGUGGGUUAUAUAUUCUCACCUUUACUUUUGCCAGAUUCCAUGCUACCAGUCAUAACGCGGACUUUGCAAAUCUAGAGCUUAUAUUCUGUUUUUUUCAAAAAAAAAAAAAUUAUGAAACGAGUAAGGGAUUUGGUCCAGCUUCGUCAGAAAAACUCACCAUCGAUACAUAUCUCUGAGGUGGAUUUAUCCAGUUAUCUGGUAUUCUGUUUGCUUUAGCCCGAUAAUCUACCAGGGGGAAAAACAGCGGAACAUUAAUAAUAGCUGACUCAUAUUGUGGAUCUCAAGACUUUGCUUGUCAUCAUGCCCCCACCUCUUGAAAUAGCAAACAAGUCUUCUAGCUCGCACAUGUCGCAUCCACCUCUCAAUGAAAGAAUCAUUUCGUCCAUGUCCAGGCGGUCUGUUGCAGCACAUCCUUGGCACGAUCUUGAAAUAGGUCCUGAUGCACCAUCUAUAUUCAACUGUGUGGUGGAAAUAGGUAAGGGAAGUAAGGUGAAAUAUGAACUCGACAAAAAAACUGGGAUGAUAAAGGUUGACCGUGUGCUUUACUCAUCGGUGGUAUACCCCCACAAUUAUGGAUUCAUCCCACGCACUCUUUGUGAGGACAAUGAUCCCAUGGAUGUAUUAAUUAUCAUGCAGGAACCUGUGCUCCCAGGAUGUUUCCUUCGGGCUAAAGCUAUAGGUCUCAUGCCUAUGAUUGAUCAGGGAGAAAAGGAUGACAAAAUAAUUGCAGUGUGCGCGGAUGAUCCUGAAUACAAGCAUUACUCUGAUAUUCAGGAGCUCCCGCCUCAUCGCUUAGCUGAAAUCAGGCGCUUCUUUGAAGACUAUAAGAAAAAUGAAAAUAAGGAAGUUGCAGUGAAUGACUUCCUUCCUGCCACCGCUGCUUAUGAAGCCGUACAACACUCAAUGGACCUCUAUGCAACUUACAUAGUGGAGAGUCUGAGGAGGUAGGAUUCUUCAAGGAUUAUGAUCAAUUGAGCGAUCAUUCUCAGAUGACCUCUUUGAAGCUGCAGUCUCCUUUAUAUGCAAAAAGAUACUACAGCAGAAACUGUUUUGCAUGGUUGUCAUAAUUAGCUGGUAUGAUUGAAAUCUGUAACCCAGAAGAAAUGAAAAGGAAUGAGGAAAGAAAAGCAAGCAUAUGGUCCUUGGAUAUAUGAUAUAAAGAAAAACUUGCGAAUCUUUAUAUGUAUCACUUAAAUAGGAUGUAUUUCGAUGAAUUUGAUUGUGUGGAUGUUCACUGAAUCUUAGUAGCAUAUGAAUGUUGGCAUUCUCUCC